UAUCAUCUAGCUUCGUAGCUUGAAUAUAGCUGCUGAGAGUGACCGACACAUACAUUUUUAUUUAGUUUGUUUGUGAGCGACAAACCGCUGGGUCGCCACUUUACAAUAACCAAUCUUCGACUAUACCCAAUACCGAUACCACCAGUCGUAAAGUUCAGUGAAACGUAAAUUUUUGAAGUUAAUUUUAAUAAAUUACUCGUGAUAUAAUGGCAGACCAACCUAAGAGCAGAGUUUGCAUUAUAGGGUCUGGAAAUUGGGGUUCAGCUAUUGCCAAGAUUGUUGGCAGAAAUGCGGCCAGACUGCCAAACUUUGAAGAUAGGGUCACCAUGUGGGUCUAUGAAGAAAUCAUUGAGGGAAAAAAACUUACAGAAAUAAUUAAUGAAACUCAUGAAAAUGUUAAAUAUCUUCCAGGGCACAAACUGCCCCCAAAUGUUGUGGCCAUUCCCGAAGUAGUUGAUGCAGCGAAAGAUGCCGACCUCUUAAUCUUCGUAGUGCCCCACCAGUUCGUCAGAACCAUUUGCUCCACACUAUUGGGUAAAAUCAAGCCCACGGCUGCAGCUCUUUCGUUGAUAAAGGGAUUCGACAUUGCGGAAGGCGGUGGCAUUGACCUUAUUUCGCACAUCAUCACGAGAUGCCUGAAAAUCCCUUGCGCUGUUCUAAUGGGUGCCAACAUUGCUUCAGAGGUCGCCGACGAGAAGUUCUGCGAGACAACAAUCGGUUGUCGCGAUGUGACGCUCGCGCCGAUGAUGCGCGACAUCAUCCAGACGGAGUACUUCAGGGUGGUGGUGGUGGACGAUGAGGACGCCGUCGAGAUCUGUGGCGCUCUCAAGAACAUCGUUGCAGUAGGCGCUGGCUUCGUAGACGGUCUCGGCUAUGGCGACAACACCAAAGCGGCGGUCAUUCGAUUGGGACUCAUGGAAAUGAUCAAAUACGUAGACGUGUUCUACCCAGGCAGCAAACUCAGCACUUUCUUCGAGUCCUGUGGCGUUGCUGACCUUAUCACGACAUGUUAUGGUGGCAGAAAUAGGCGUGUUGCGGAAGCAUUCGUGAAGACUGGGCGUUCCAUCAAGGAGUUAGAAGAUGAGAUGUUGAAUGGACAGAAACUCCAGGGACCCAUCACGGCGGAAGAAGUGAACCACAUGCUCGCCAACAAAAAUAUGGAGAACAAAUUUCCUCUGUUCACGGCAGUGUACCGUAUCUGUCGAGGCGAGUUGAAGCCAAGUGACUUCAUCGACUGCAUCCGAAGCCACCCAGAGCACAUGAAACAGCCGGGGCCCAAAAAAUGCUCUCUGUGACCAGCGUGACAAACCGCAUCACAUCUUGCCUCGACUCUGUCGCAUUCCCGUCUACUGCACGUUCCGCACUUGUCUCUACCAGAAACAGCGAUGUACACAUUGAUCAUUUUAAUCAACCGACUGGUGAAACAAUAAUUUAUUUUUAAGCUUACCCCUUUUUAUUUGAAAAAUAAGAGCGUUAAUAUGCCUCUGCCUUAUAGCAAUAGGUAUUGUAACUGCAAUUUAAAGUUAUAAACUGUUUUGUGAUAAAUUAUUGUUUCCCAAUACAUGGUUUUUUAAACAUCACACAAUGGGCAUAUAAUAAAUAACACGUACUUACUUAUUUUUAAAUAUUUAAAAAGGAAAAAAAAUAUUUUAUCCAAUUAUACGGCCUCCAUGUCAUCUGCAAGAGUGUUCGGUGGUGCCAUCUAUAACGGAGCAAUAAAGACGAUAUGUAGGUAUUCAUUAAGUAUCUAAUAAAGUUUUUUUUGUUUCCAGUACCAUUGUGUGUUGUAAGAAAACGAAUUUAAUAUCAUUCUCGUAUGCACAAUAAAAAAACAGGUAUUUAAUUGUAAUGCACAUUAGGAUUUCGUGAUAUGUGCAGUCCGAAUGUAGUAAGUAGGUCCUCCCUCUUCAUUUUGGAAUUGAAGAUGUUGAACGUCGAUUCUGAUGUUUUAAGAAUUUCUUCAAAAAAUUUUUACUAAAUCAAAUUUAUUUCUACAAAUGAAUUUAUUACCUAUAUUUUUGUUAUUAAUCGAUGUUUGACAAUCUUUUUCGUUAUCAUUACUACAAUUUUAUGCAUUUAAACCGUCGAUUUGAGCUUAAUUUCUAAUAUAAGUGAAUGUGUUAAUAAGUGCACAGUUGUUUUAUCAUAUUUCGGUUGAUCACUGUUUUUAAAUUUUACUGCCUUUGUAAUAAUUAAAAAUAACACACAGGUUUUUUUUCUCUUGGAAUCAAAACAGGAAUCUUGCAUGACAAAUUGUAACAAGAACGUCGGGUUGUCGAAAAUUAAUUUAGGAACGCUAGUAAAUUUAAAGAAUCAUUAUAGGAGUAAGUAGAUAAUAAAAAACGUAGGUCGUUCUUAAUUAAGAAAAAGCAUGGAAAUGAACGCCGAAAGAAAUUAUACCCCAACAAAAUUUCAACAAAGCAAUUGAAGUACCUGCGGGUUUCUUUACGAAUGUUGUCAAGACAUUUUUUCUCUUGACAACAUUCAUAAAUGUUCAAAUGAAUUUUUAUGUGUCUAACGUUGACCAAAGACGAUGAAAAUGGGAACAUAAGAAACAUGUCUUGAAAAGUUCUUGAAUAGCAGGGCUGGAUUGUGUUAUGGUUAUAGGCGCACCCUAGGCAUUUCCAUAGGAAAGACACAACCAGUAGAUACAAAUGCAAGGAGAAUAAUGAUAACAUUAUACAAAAAGUAAAUGGUGAAUGGUGGCAGUUGCGAAAAUUAUAUGUAAAAUACUUUUUCAUUUCGCUUUUGAACAAUUGUUUAAGUAACCACUGAAGGAAGUUUUAAGCUAGAACCUAGUCAAAAAAGACCUUAGUCAACUUUUUAAUGUAAGAAUUUUUCAAUGUGUAAUUAUCGCAUGCUAUUGAUAGUAAGCGUAAAUAUUUCAACAUUUCUUUGUACUAUAUGUGUCAUUAUCAUUUCGCUCACUAGAUUGAUAAAUUAGUUCCAUAUAUAUACAUUCAUGUUGUUUCAUAAUAAAUCAUUCAAAAAUAUA